AGCGACCAAAUAGUUUCGUGGUAGGUCUCUUUGACAGUAGUAAACCAAUGUUGUGUAGUCAUUUAGGUAUUUAUAAAAGUAGCGCAGCGGCAUUCUUGUUUGACAGUAAAUUUUUGUCGAUGUCGCAGCAAAUUAGCGUAAGCGGGAUUUGAACAUGAGCAUGGCAUCAGUCGUUUGGUCGGAGACAAGGCAAGAACAUUUUUUCAACCACUACAUUCAUUACAUGCUCUCCUCUCACGCUCGACCCGAUUUGGAGUUCCCAGAAGUCCUUGCUCUCGUCGGCGCCGGAACGGAAUGGCGGGCAAGUCGGAGGUGAACAAGGAGUGGGAGGCGAAAUGGCGGGCGGAGAAGCAGGAGGAGGAGGCGCGGUUCGGCUGGUCACAGCUGGAGAAGAACAAGCGCGGGAAGGACAAGAGCAUCCCGAAAAUCCAGAAGUUCCAGAACAAAUUGAAGAAGUUCACCACGAACGACCUCGCCUCGCUGAAAAAGGACCUGGACAGCCUGGACCUGGGCAAAUACGUGGAGGAGCUGUCGGAGUGCUUCGUGGAGUGCGUGACCACGGGCGCCUUCAAGUUGAAGGAUCUGCCCGCCGUUGUGGAGCUUUUCGCGCACCUCCACGCGGGGUACCAGGCCGAAAAUUUCGCGGGGUCGCUGGAAAAAAGCCUCCAGAAAGCCUGGGGCCAGGCGAGCUUCAGCAAGGACCUGUUUCCGCGCCGCCGCGUCUACUGCCGGCUCGCCGGAGAACUGGCGCUGCUGAAAAUCGUACCCGAGCGCAUCUUUGCCAUCUUCCUGCAGGACGUGUGCACGGCAUGCGACAAGGGCGAAGAUGACGAACAGCUCUGCAACGCGUUCGCCAUCCUGGCCUCGGUGAUGCAGAAACAGGGGCUUGCAUGCACAGGUGUUUUGUCCAAAACGCAGCGCGAAAUGGAAGAAGGGAUCGGCCGCGAGUAUUGUUUUUCGAAGCCUAUUGCAUUGUGCUUGUUCUUCCGCAUUUUUGCUAAUACUAGAUAGAAGAAGGGCGUUCUGAAGAAGACUCGCGUGUUAACGCUUGCCGGCACAGCUUUUCUUGUAUUAGUUUUUCAACGACCUUCUACCUUUUGCUUUUCGUCAUUCGACGUAACACACUAACAAUCUUGUUUAGAAUCAAGAGUUUUCCAGUGUCGCAGUAAGUGACCCAGCCCGGGGCGUACGGUAGUUUCUGGUGCACAGCGGCGGGUUGUACCUACUGCAACCAGACCUCCUCGACUGCAAAAGUUUUUUGCACCUCUACUGACGCUUUUUGCACAUCAGGUGGAAACGCACUCGCUUGUGCGUGCUGAACGACACGACGCAAUCGACGCUGGCGUAUGCGAUCAAGUCGGUGUUUGAGAUAUCCUGAGUAAAAACGUACCCACCCCAGAGUUGUCAUGCAGAUUUGCCAUGACAGGAACAUUUGUGAUGCGCAACCCCAUGACAGGCAUUUUCAAUCGUGUUUGGGAACUUGUAAUGCUGUAAAGAGGAUCAGAAGGUCGAUUUGUGAUGCGGCUUUCCUUGCUAACUUGCACUACCUUACGGACUGAAACUUGUCAUGCGUGGCUCAAAAAGCUCCUAGGUUUGUGUUGCAAAAUCCCCAUCCUGACUCUGGUGUGGCUACGUUUUUACUCAGGAUAUGAGAAAGCCGGGGGCCGGGGGCUGGCCCACGCGAACCAGCACGUGCUCGAGCAGCAGCGGUUGAAUGACGCGAUGAUGAUCGACAAGGGCGUGGUGGACGCGGAGUGGGACGGGAAGCUGACGCGGUUCAAGGAGCACAAGGCCACGCUCGAGAAGCACCUGCAGUCGCUCGCGGAGAGCCUCGACCUGGACAUGCCGGACUACAAGACGGCCGCCCAGAAACGCGAGGAGGAGACGACCACCACCAUUGGCGGGGGCACCGCUGCGGCGGGGGGCGGCGCACCGGAGGGUGCCGGGGCGUCCUCGUCCUCCAGAAAAGACCACGACGGGGGGGACCACCACCCGAGCGGCGUGAACCCCGACCUCCGGUAUCUGGAUUCCACCGAAGCAAAAAUGUACGAAGACCUACUCGACCUGAAGGACGUGGUGCCCGAGAAGUACCUGGGGCUCGCGCCCAAGGACGAACGGACGCAGCACCUGGAGCGCACCACGGAAAUGGACACCGGGAAGUUUGAGGUGUUCCUGGACAAGCUCGCCAGUAGCGACCGGAUCGACCGGCUGAACGAACUCGCGAUGACCUUCGCCCACGACUGGAGCAGCAAGGUGUUUUUUCAUUGUAGUGCGCAAUUUCAUUUUUUCGUCGCAAAUUUAGCCUUACGGCAUGAAAUACUCGCGAUGUGGUCUUUCGCGGUUCUGGGUCUAGAUCUCCUGCGUCCGAAGCUGCUUGCGGCAACGGAGUUUCUGAGGUGCAGUCGGGUACUAUGCAUGAAAUGUUUAAUAUACAAGUGACGCGAAUAAAUGUUGUUCAGUUAAAAAACCCUAAAAUAAAACCUUUAGGCGUGCCGGCGGCGCAUCGCCACGGUGCUGUCCCGGGUGAAGCGGAUCCACAGUGCUUACAUUCCUUUCCACUGCCGGUGGCUCGCCACCGUGAACCCCUACUUCCGGGACGUGGCGGACAUGGUCACAAAAGACCUGCUGAAGGAGCGCGACCUGGUUUUACCCGACAAGAGCCCAGACCCGGUCGUAAUGGAGCGGAAACAGCGCAACAUCAAGUUCUUGGCGGAGCUCGUGAAGUUCCGGCUCUGUCCGCCGGGUAUAAUUCUGGACACCUUUUCGCAGAUUCUGGACGACUUUCACGAAGUGUCCACUUCCUGCUGCCUGCUCGAGCACUGCGGCCGCUGGCUGCUGCACACCCAGGAGACGAAACUCCGGUUCGAGAAUCUUCUCGAGCGGAUGAUGCGCCUGAAAAAUCACAAAAAGGGACUCGACCUGCGCGACGAAAUGGCCAUUGAUGACGCGUAUCGUUUAUGUCAAUACGUUCAAUUUGUUUAUUAAUUCGAGCCAUGUGAAGAAGAAUUUCGAUUUUUUCGACGUUUACAUAGUAUCAACAUCACGGUAGUUUUACUUGGUAUGUUCACCCCAUGAUGACGCAAAAGAGAAAUGUCGGGGUGAGUGGUUUUCUAUCUAGUUCCCUUCCGCCACAGGUAUUAUCAGCUGAAACCGCCGGAGAACAAGAAGCGCGAACUGGCCGACAAGGAGGGGCAAAUGAAAAAGAGCGAGAUCGAGCGCUUGAUUAUGUGGUUGUGCUCCACCUACAUCUACAUCGCAGACGACGUCCACUCCGCGGUGCACCUGGUGCUGCAGCUGCCGUGGUCCACGAUUCGUGCGACGCGGAAGAGCGGCGCCAAGCUGCGCGUGAAGACGGGGUGCGUGUACAAGGAGGAGGCGUCCAAGGUGGAGGUCUGGCUGAAGCGCGGACUGCUGGACCUGAAUCUGCACGCCGACUACGAGCACCUGUGGUGCGUGGCGCACUUUUUGAAGGACCUCAGUGAGUACCGGGAGGACUUCACGCUGGACUGCGUGGACACGCUGCUGGAGGAGAUCCAGCUGGGCCUGGAGAAGGCGGACUUCCGCGACCAGCCGCUCCGCACACGGCAGCUGAAGCUGCUGGGGGAGUUCUACGCCUUCCGCCUGGUCGACUCGCAGGUGGUCUUCGACGUGCUCUACCAGCUGAUCGGGUGGGGCGGCGCCACCAGCUACCGGGCUUCCCACCUCACUCGGCUCUACGACCUGUUUGGCCAACGCAUCCUCGCGGUGUGGGAAGACUACGUCCGGACGGAGCCGAAGCGGAACCGCCCCUCUCCGGCGGACGAAACUAAUGCGUCUACUGCGGACGGGAACGGGAAGGUGGACAAGAAGAGCCAGCGGUUCAGCCGCCGGAACCGUUCGAAACCAACCUACGUGCAGAUGCUCGCCACGGAAUUCCCCAACCUUCCGAACAACGACAACAUCGACGCGGUGGCGCGGGCCCUGGAUUUUUUCGAAAAGGACUACGAGCUCUGGCACGAAUUCUCGAAGUUCUGGCUGUGGCCCCACGGCAUCCACCACCCAGAUCACGUCGGCGCGGACUUCGCCGACACCUUCCGCCUGCGCCAGGUUUGCGUCCUGCUCGACUCAAUUGGCCACUUCUUCAAAGCUGGCGCGGCUAAGGUAUUCAAUAUCGUAGACAAGAAAUCUUCAUCGUUCUUCGCUGGCAUCACUGGCCGCCCGGUGAUGUGACAGCUGCGGAAGCUGAAACAAAAGUAAAUUGUGUGUCGAUUCAGCAUCGCGAAAUAUUUCAUUAAUUGUUUUUUGGAGGUUUGCUAUUUUACUUUUACUCGUUCGUUCGAUCCUGAAGAUGAUGCUCGAGGUGGUCACCGGGGGCUGAUAGCAAAAGAUGUUUGCUGUGAAAAAUCCCCUCUCAAAACAGAUCAAGAUGCAGAAGUUUUGCGUGUUCUUCCGGCGGUUUGCGCUGGUCCGGCCGGAAAUGCUUACGAUUCGCGCCUUGAAUGCCGUGGAGGAUUCGCUGGAACUGGUGCAGGAGCCGAUCGGAGACGCGCUGAAGGCGGAUACCGAUGUGUUGAAGAUUCUGAAGCACGAUUUGCUAACCGUGCGGCAGGCGUCGGAGAAAGCCAUCGAGGCGGCCGAAGCGAAGGACGCGCGGAAGGCGGAUGGCGGUUCGCCCUCGUCCUCGGGCAGUCCCAGCGACAGCGAGUCGUCGUCCAGCGAGGAAGACGAGGACGAUAGCACGGACGAGUACACCGACACGGACGAGGACCAAAACCUCGGGCUUCCGCUAUCAAAAGGAAAAAUCCCCCCUCCCCAUAUCGAAAAGGUACGUCUCAGAAAAUUUGCAAUGCUGAUUUGUGGCCACAAAUCGUCUCUGUCUUGCAAGAACGCAACUCCUCAGACUCCGCUGCAUUCUGCGGGCGGUUUGUCAUGCUGUCGCCCCUACAGAGUAGACCUUUGCCAUACUCGGCACCUAGCCCAAAACCUCGCUACUCAGGCUCAGCAUAGGCCUGCAGUCCUCUACAGCAAGACAAAUCUGAUUUGUGUACGCAAGUCCAGCGUCAGAAACUGCGUUUUGAUAUGGGGAGGAGGGAUUUUUCCUUUUGAUAUCCGCCGGCGCCCGCAGAGCCGCAGAUGUCCGAGGCUGACCUGAUGCAGGUCGCAAUGGACCAAGAAAUUUUGGCGAUGACAAACGCAGGAAUCGAGGACGUGAAGCGGCACCGACACGCCCAAAAUGUUGGAGGCCGAAACACGAUGAAUAGUUUGCGCACCGCGGGGGCCGAGGUUUCCUCGUCCGCGGCGUCUAGUACGAGUGGCAGUUUUUCGAAGGUGACGCCGGGGGCCGCGCCGGCGUCGGGCGGCACCCAGCAGUCGCGUCCGGGGUUUCUGGAUUUCAAAGUGCUGUCCCGCAGCGCAAACCAGCCGGGUGGUCCAAAGCGCGAGCCCAAGGUGAUACACGUGCCGGAGGACAACAUGCUUUCGCAAGCCUGCCUGCUCAACAUUUCACAGCAAAUAUCCUGAGCGAACUACAUGCUCCCAUCCCAGAGUUAUCAUGCAUAACUGCAUGCGUGACACGUUUUACUUGUUUCAUGCGCAGCCACGACAUGCGAGGCAUUUUCUACGUGCUAUGAUUUGGGAGCUUGUCAUGCUACAAUCAGGAUAAGCUUCUCGAUUUCUCAUGCGGCUGCACUACCUCAAGAGGAUCAUACUACGGGCCGACUGUUCUUGUCCUGUGCCACGGCAAAGAUCAUUUGUUUGUUUUUUCUUGCAGAGUUCCCAACUCGAGGAUGGGGAGGGGACGUUUUUACUCAGGAUAGCACACGCAGAUUGCGACCAGAAAAAAAGAGGAGGAGGACCUGCUGAAGCGCCGGACGCUGCAGGCGGCGAUGAAUUCUCACCAGGAUGACGUUUUUUCCAUGCACUCGCAGCCCAAACAAAACAAAAAAGAUGCGGGAAAUUACCUGAGCCAAAACGUGCUACCGGAAGAGCAGCGGCAACCGCAGGGCAACGUCGUUUUUCGGCACGGCAAAAAGCGGUAGAAGGAACAAGCGAGUUCGACGGCAGUAGCUUCUAGGCCAGCACGUGGCGGAGGAAUAAAGACAUCAGGGUGGUGCAGCACCUGAGGACUACGUACAACUAUCUGGUCGGCACGUGCACCAUUGCAAGCUGAUGCGUAUCUUUCGAUGGCUGAAGAUGUUUGCUGGAUGUGGUCCCUGAGAAUGAAAACUAGCCAUAUCGGAGCUCGACGCCCCCAAUAAAAAAAGGCUACGUCAAUAACACCGCAAGAGCCCGGCAGUCGGCCUGCAUCGUGCGCUCGGGCUCGUUCGCGCAAGCGCGCAAAGAGCGACCGUCGGGCGGAGAAGGGAGGUCAAGGAAAGCGACUGAAUCAAAGUGGCCAUCUUUCAGCAGAACCCGUGAGGCGCAAUCACAAGAAAUCAGGGGAACCACAACCAACGUCCGCUGCUUAGAGACAGCGUCCCGAUCCGUCGGACUGAAGAGAAAAAAGGUCCCGAUGAACAUGAUAAUAAUGUUGAUUUGAGGUUUAUUUACUCACGGUCACGACCGACGAUUCUAGCGCCCCUACUUAUGCGGUGCGAGAACGUAAGUACAAUUAUCGUUCGAGUCAGUGCGUGAUGUAGUGGAAGGACUUUGCGUGGCCGUGCUGCAGUCAUUCAAGACGGAGGACGAGGAGUUCCCGUUUUGGAAAAUUGGGUACGGAAAAUUCGGACGAGGGACCCGAUCUGCCGAGUGGAAAUGUACGGUGCAGGAUUGUUGGACGUCUGUGCGUGUGUCCCUGUCUUCCAAGAAGCGACACAAUUGCCUAUGCCUACCUCUACAGCAAGAGGGAAUUGCGACACCACAUCAACAUGACUGGGGCCAAUUUACAUAUCAAUAUGUUUUGCGGAGACGGAGAGCCGCUGUGUCUGUUCAAUACUUGAUAUUCAGCGCAGACGUGGCAGAUGAUGGCCUGUUUGUUUCUCCCGGUAUCAUCUGCGAAUGGUACUGUAAUUCCCGC